AUGGCAGGAUUUGAAGCGCCCAAGGCUGAGGCUGAGGCGCCCUUGGCAUCCUACCAGCAUGAGCAGCUGCAGGCCUUCUCUGCGAUCUGUAUCACAUUCACCCCAAUUCUACAAGAUCACAAAGUUUCACGCAACCACCGUCUUGCGCCAGCCAUGGCCAGCACGUUUCAUGGAGCUAUCGGCGCUCACGUCGCCAUUCCCGCUCCACACUGCGGGCCUGGUGGGACGAUGAACUUCAACUUUGGGCCUGGCCGAGCCGAUGGGCAAAAGCAGAAACCUGAACCUUUCUCAACGGUGCCGUUUGCACCGGACCCUGACCUUGUCGACCGGCCUGCGAUCGCCGCCUGGGUGCGCGACAAGUGCGCGGGACCGGGCGCGCGGGCAGCGCUGGUGGGUCUCGGCGGCGUAGGCAAGUCGCAGCUCGCCCUCCAGUACGCCCACAGCAUUCGCGAUGUCGCGCCACAGACGUUUGUGUUCUGGGUGCACGCCAGCACCCGGGCCCGGUUCGAGGAAGCGUACAAAGGCAUCGCCACCCGGCUGGAGCUGCCGGGGAGGGACGAUCCGAAGGCGAACGUGUUGCGGCUGGUGCACGACUGGCUGCGCGACGAGGCGAACGGACGGUGGGUGAUGGUCGUCGACAACGUGGACGAUGUAGAGACCUUCUUCCCGUCGCGGAAGCGCCAACGCCAGGGAGACGAGGGCGAUGCUUGCGCCCAGAUACCGCUGGCCACCUUCCUUCCGCAGAGCCGCAACGGGGCGAUACUAGUCACGUCACGGAGUCAGGACGCAGCCGCCAGGCUAGUGGGAGGCUACAACAGGACUAAGGGAGUGCUUGCGAUGGACGAAGGUGAAGGCCUGCAACUGCUUCGCAACAAGCUGCAGCACCCGCCAGUCGAAGAGAGCGCUGUAGACCUGCUGCGCGCGCUCGACUACAUACCUCUCGCCGUCGUCCAGGCGGCCGCGUACAUCAACCGACGCGGGCGCAUGACAGUCGCUGGCUAUCUAGCUGAGUUUCAGAAGGACAGCAAAAAGCGCGAGAGACUGCUCAAAUGGGACGCGGGCGAGCUGCGCCGUGACGAGAGCGCGUCCAACUCGGUGGUGACAACGUGGCAGAUGUCGUUUGAGCAGAUCCAGCGGGAGCGGCAGUCAGCAGCCGAUCUGCUGUCACUUAUGAGCUUCUUCAACCCGCAGGGCAUACCUGAAUCCGCGUUGAGGAGACACAGCAGAGAGGCCACGAGGGGAGCGGGGUCGGAGGAUCAAGAAGACCUGGACAGCGCGCUUGACGACGAUCUGGCUACCCUGCGAGCAUACUCAUUGGUGUCGAUGACAGCAGAUAGUGACGUUUUCGAGAUGCACGCUCUGGUGCAGUUCUGUACACGAGUCUGGUUAUCGUCGUCUAGCGAUGCUGAACAGUGGGAGAGGCGGUUCGUAGAGCUAAUGGCGCAAGAGCUGCCUAACGGGGACUAUGAGAAUUGGGCCAAGUGCCAGCAGCUGCUUCCGCACGUCGAACCGCUCUUUAGCACUCAGCCAGCCAGCGAAGAAGCGUUGAAGGCAUGGGCGCAGGUGCUUUACAACGUAGCAUGGUAUCUUAGUGCGAUAGGAAGCUAUAGUGUAGCGCAUCAGUUAGCAGCAAAGGCAGUUGCCGCCAACGAGAAAGCAUUAGGGCAAGAGAACCAGCUGACACUGAACAGCCUAAAUACACUAGCGAUUGUGCUGCACUUUCAGGGCAAGUACGAGGAGGCAGAAACGCUUCACCGGCGGGUGCUAGAAGUAGAAGAGACGCAUCUAGGUGACAACCACCCCGACACGUUGAUAAGCAUGAACAACCUAGCAAUAGAUCUCCAUUGCCAGGGCAGGUACGAAGAGGCAGAGACGCUUAAUCGGCGAGCCCUAGAAGGGAAGGAGAAGAAGCUAGGCCAGGAUCACCCCAACACGCUGAAUAGCGUGAGUAACCUGGCAUUAGUCCUCCAGGAUCAGGGCAGAUACGAAGAGGCAGAGAUGCUGUACCAGCGAGUGAUAGAAGGGUCAGAGAAGAAGCUAGGCCAGGAUCACCCCGACACGCUGACAUCUGUCUACAACCUCGCUAUUCUCUUGGGCAAACUGCGCCGGUACCCAGAAGCGGCCGAGCUUUACCAACGAGCGUGCGAUGGGUCCACUAAACAGCUUGGUUCUCAGCAUCCAUCUACUAUCGUGUUUCGCGACAGCUUUGCAGCUAUGCAGCAAGAGGCAAUUGGAGCUGAAUUAGCGCAAGGCGAAGGGCGGAAUCGUGGAACAGUCGACGAACGCUCGACGCCUAGGAGUCCCCAUUCUUAG